GCUCACUUCCCAUCACUAUCAACUUCAAUGCUCUCGUUCAGCUCGGGGAUGGUGGCCUUAAAUUUACAAGAAAUCAAAUCUGAAGUUUAUUGAUGGAUGCCGUGACAAUUAAAAUCCUCCUGCUUGGGGAUGAGCAAGUAGGGAAAACAACGUUUUUAUCGCGGAUUAGUGGAGGUAGCAGCAGUCUUGAAGGUCAUGCCCCUAUUACUUUAUUGCGAGAUAUAAACCAGCCUUUCGUUUUCGAGAUACGAAACCGAAGGGAUAUUUAUCGUCUUGAGUUCUAUGACACUUCCAGCCCAGAAGACUGGAGGCUGCUUGAACCGGAUUUGGUCUUGAUUUGCUACGAUAUCAGUCAAAGACUGAGUCUCAUCAAUAUGCAAAGAAUCUGGAUUAAGCAGGUCCAUGCCAACUUCCGAACCAGUGACCACCUCCCUAUAAUUGUCGUCGGCCUCAAGAGAGACCUAAGAUCCGAAACUGAUCCUAAUGGCAUCAUAUAUCCUCAGGAAGGACAUAAUGUGUCGCAAGAGAUGAGAGUGGAUAAAUACGUCGAGUGCUCGGCUGUCACCGGCGAACUUCUAAAGCUGGCCUUCGAGGAGAUCUGCAAUACCGCAGUAAAGACGAUUGUAACUGAUGGUGGGCAAAGUGAGGGAGGGUGUUUGAUCUUGUAGGUGUUAAGAAUGAUAGCACCUCUUUGUCAAGUGCCCCCUAGAGCCCGGAACAUAAGCCAUAUUAAGAACUUAAGAUUGUUAUCGGUGUCUACGAUCCUCAUGAGUGUCCAUUCUCAGUGGUUUCUAUAACGCCGUCUCCUUGGUCACCCUCUUCCGGCGCCUGGGGGAACUGCCCGAGGAUUUCGGUGAUUAUAUCGAGGAUCUCCUGCUGCUGAUCGCCAUUAAAGCGGUCUUCCAUAUCCUCGAUAACAGUAUUUAGGACUGGAACGUUAGUGGGGCGAAUGUUGAAGAGCAUGAUACACUCUCCUUUGGUGAUCUGGUACUGGCGCAGUCUCUUAAUCAACUCGGGGAUGACCGCUGCAUCAAAGGGCAACGGCUUCUGACUCAGAGGACCUGGUGGGCUCUCGAAAUACUGCAGCACCUAUGUUUAAUCCAUCAGACUAGGCUAUGCAUAUCAUUUCAGGGUGAAAUUUAAGCUUACCUCUUUACGUAGUGUCUCCAAAUUUGUAGGUCCCUUGCGCUUUUGGUCAUUAUAUUGUUUUGCUUGAUUGCUCAAAAAUGUGUAAACUUCGACGUUAGUUAACACAGCUGACUGUGCUUCUAAGAUCUUCAUUAUGACAGUCUUGAUUUUUCUCAGAACUUUGGAGCCGGGUUUUCGAUGUAAAUAAUAAAUCCAACAGUUUUAAUGAGAUGACUAGGUCAACUUUCUUUUUCUUGUCGCGUUG